AUGGCUAAAGAUGAAUAUGGGGACUUUGUGACAAUUAGCGAGGCAGGAAGUGCAAUCCCAAAGAGGAAGAAAGAGAGGACAGUGAUACAUGUGAAGGAGGGAGAGUGUGUGGAGAAUGUAAAUUUGGGGGCAGACUGUUGGAACGUGAUGAUGCAUGGUGAUGGCAUGCGCAGGAUCAUUGUAUCUGCCAGCAAGAGCCAUGCGGAGGGGUGCUGGUGGGAGGGCAUUUAUAGCCAAAGACCAUGGGGCUUCAGGAACCCGGCCGAGCCCGAAAAGUUCCAAACUCUAGCAUUGCUAUUGUCUACGGACCAAAUGAUUUUCUGUCGUUGCUACGUUGACGCGUAUCAGGACACUCUCUAUACGUAUUUGGGCCAACGGUUCUAUCAUGACUUCCUCGUCAUGGAGACCAUAGAUUUCAUCUUCAAAAAGGCCAUGCCGUGCUCCAAACCUGCUCCAAACCUGCAGCAUCCGAUAGAGAUAGCUCCAUGGCAGGUCAAUUCAAUGAGAUUUUGGUCGUGGGAGGAUUACUCCACAGCCAUCUUACUGCAAUUAGAGAUGGGUGGGAUUGUGAAUCCCAUGGGUUGGGCCGAAUGGACCCCCGAUGUUGACCCACGUAAUACCAUAUUCCACGCCGAGUAUCAAAAGAGUGGGCUGGUUUCAGGCCCAACAUCAUAG